AUGCCCUCAUAUCGCACAGCAUCGGGGGGCCGUUUCGCUCAUCCUGCGAGACGCUCAGAGGAACAGACGUCUCGAGUCUUUAUGGACUACACAACACGAGGCUCCUGGUGCUCUGGUAGUGACGGCUUCCACGGUAUUUGGAGAGUCGCAAUCGGCAAAGAACGUCCGGUUCUUGUGCACGAAGUACUGGAUGAAAGCCAUCUUUGCGAAACGAUUGACACCAAAGACUCCAAAUUCAUAUACACACGGGUAAUGGCCCGCACGAAAGCCCCUAAACCUACCCGCACCUUCGUCGAAGUCGACUCGGACGAUGAAGUUGAAGAGCCACGCCUGUCUGGUUCCCUUCGGGGACUAAAUCCAGCGAAGGACAUGCUACCAAAUGCUGCUACCCAGUCAACUGUCAAGGUACUGGGCGACGAGAGUGACAUUGCAUUGCAGCCGCUGAACAUGAAACAAACCACUCGCGCUUCUCGUGGCAACGGGAAAGCUAUCUUAUAUGACAUGAAGUUUCACCCGAUGGACAUUUUCAUGCGCCCGAACAGCGCUGCAGUACGCAGACGCUCCAAUUCGAUCUCGCACGCUAAUACAGACGACGAGGAAACAGAGCAGUCCAGCGAUAAUGAGAGCAGCUCGCAGUCAUCACCACAAUCAUCGGACGACGCAUCGGCUGAGUCUUCGCUGGACGAGGCAAGGUCUGAUGCCUCACCGAGACGCAUCGUCCUGGGCCCGCGCCUGCAAGACCCAAGAGCUUCACGUCACUCUUCUCGCAGAGCUGCCACGAAGCCAGUCAUUUACUCCUCCAAGCAUCAUCCGCAAGACUAUGGCCUCCCUGGAUAUCAGUAUAAAGCCAUCGCUAUCGAGGACGAUGAAAAUGAGCCGCCAGCUAUAGAGGUCAAGAAGCGCAAAGUUGCGUCGUCAGACAUUGAGCAGUGGACCAACGACGACAUCGAGAAGCCACCUAUGACAGCACGACGACCACGUAAGAAGCUCAAGUCUUUGAGUCAUCCACAACCUGCGCGCGUAAAGAUGAGACGUGGCCGACCCGCCAAGACGGGCUUCAAGGCCAGAUCAAGAGCUCUGGCAGAAGUGGAGGACCUUGUGGAAAUAGCGAUACAAGGCUCGCAGGCGCCCCAUAUCGUGCUUAGCAAUGGUAACGAAAGCGGCGACGAGACUGACGAUACUCAAGGCGGCGCUGUCUCUGAUCAGCAUCUGGACGACCCUCGACGCCUACUAGAAGCUUGCACAAGCAACUUUGAAGAUACAGAUGACUCAGGAGACCGCGAAGACGCUGACGCUUUAUCAAUAGCGACAAUGGACACCAGCACCACCCUCAAAUGCGAGGUUGCCACACCUGUCACUACCUUCAGCCACGAACACGAGACUCUCGACCCCAGGAUCCGGCUCCCGACCUACCUUAAAGAUCGUAUCGCGCUCGAGCUCGGCACCGAGACCCCUUCCACUGCCGGAGUUGUGCUCCGUAUGCUGUUCGACGAGCCCCACGCACGUGCUGCAGUGAACCUGGUUGUUCAGAGACCAUACCUGCAUCACCGCUUGCAGCCUACUGAAGCUUGCAACCGGCGUUCAGAUAUAGCAGAUUGCGGAGAUGAAGAUGAAGACGAAUGCGCAGAGGAGGCAAGCAUCGAAGAGUCUCAAGAUUGUAAGAGUGAAGAAGAUGAUGAUGAUCACGCAGAUGGGACUGGCAACGAUCCCCAUGAAAGCCAUAGCCCACUGGAGAACCAAUUCGAAGAACAAAUGGAUGUCACGCGACAUCUGCGCCAUGCCGCAGUGAUGAGUGACAGCGAUGAUCUUGCUGACUCGGAUCCUAUCCACAGCUUCUCGGCCAUCAAUUGA